AUGGCCGUGAUCGUGACUCAAGUGAAGGACGGCCUCGAUGACACGAGCAUUCUCUGCAACGAUGACUUCUGUUACCGGAUUCCUGAUCCCCUCUUGCGACUCAAUAACGAGGAUAAGGAUGGUGGGGUGAAGGGAGAGUUUGAACGGAGGGCUGACGAGGAUGAGGGUGCUGCUGACGUGGCCGAUGGAGGAUGGGAGGACGGCGCAGGGGGGGAUGGAGAGGGUGGAGGGGAGGGAAGGCGCGUUGCAGGUGGAGAGGAGACAGUGCAGGGAGACGAGCCUACUGACGUGGACACACGCAGUGAUGCCACGUGUCCUGAGCUUCUCCUUCUGCGGCAUGGCACACAUCUCUUCCCCAUGGGAUUCCCAUCCACGCUUGCAGCCUCUACCUACCAACCGCCCCACCUCCCGCCUCGCCCUCUGGAGAGCCCUUCCGCCUUGGCUCUCUGCCUGCACGCCGCGUCCCUUCCCUCGCUGCCCUUCUUCUCGCCCUUCAUCGCGCCGCCUCCGCCACUGGAGAACGCAGAAGUGGCGAUGCACCGCAGAGUGAUGCAGGAGAUUGCCAACCUGACGGCUCUCCUGGAAGGCGAUCCAGGGAAUGCUCACCUGCUGCUGGAACGAGGCAAGGCGUGGUUCAGCAUGCACCGCUUCCCGGAAGCCAUAGCGGACCGGCAGCGAGCCGUGGCCCUCCUGGCGGCCUCUGCUUCUACCUCCAACCCUUACAGCAGUGGGAGAAGUGGGAGCAGUCCGGGCGACUACCACCCCUCCGACCUGCCACGGGCGCUGCUCUCUUUGGGCCAGGCCCUGCAUGCAGCAGGCAGGGUGCAGGAGGCAGUGGAAGCCAACGAACGCGCCGCCGUCCUCCUCUCAUCCCAGAACCUCACGAGUCCUGCCACGUCAGCAGCAGCCACGUCAGCAGAAGACUCAUCAGCAGCCGCCAGCUCAGCGGAGUGGGUGACGGUGUCAGCGGCGUGGGGGAUGGUGGGGCUGUCUUACCAUUGGCUGCCGGAUGCGGACAAGGCUGAGAGGGCGUUCCGAUUGGCUGUUGAGGCGGACCCCCGGAACCCCAAGGCCUACCAGGGCUGGGCAAUGCACCGACAGAUGACAGGGGACUUGAAAACGCAGGAACCCCAAGGCCUACCAGGGUUGGGCAAUGCACCGACAGAUGACAGGGGAUUUGAAAUGACAGUGGGACUUGAAGUGACUUUUGAGUCGACUCAAAAGAUGACAGGGGGACUUGAAGUGACUUUUGAGUCGACUCAAAAGAUGACAGGGGGACUUGAAGUGACUUUUGAGUCGACUCAAAAGAUGACAGGGGGACUUGAAGUGACUUUUGAGUCGACUCAAAAGAUGACAGGGGGACUUGAAGUGACUUUUGAGUCGACUCAAAAGAUGACAGGGGGACUUGAAGUGACUUUUGAGUCGACUCAAAAGAUGACAGGGGGACUUGAAGUGACUUUUGAGUCGACUCAAAAGAUGACAGGGGGACUUGAAGUGACUUUUGAGUCGACUCAAACGAUGACAGGGGGACUUGAAGUGACUUUUGAGUCGACUCAAAAGAUGACAGGGGGACUUGAAUGGGUCUCCCUCGCCCCUGUUGAGGAGUGGGUCUCCCUCGCCCCUGUUGAGGAGUGGGUCUCCCUCGCCCCUGUUGAGGAGUGGGUCUCCCUCGCCCCUGUUGAGGAGUGGGUCUCCCUCGCCCCUGUUGAGGAGUGGGUCUCCCUCGCCCCUGUUGAGGAGUGGGUCUCCCUCGCCCCUGUUGAGGAGUGGGUCUCCCUCGCCCCUGUUGAGGAGUGGGUCUCCCUCGCCCCUGUUGAGGAGUGGGUCUCCCUCGCCCCUGUUGAGGAGUGGGUCUCCCUCGCCCCUGUUGAGGAGUGGGUCUCCCUCGCCCCUGUUGAGGAGUGGGUCUCCCUCGCCCCUGUUGAGGAGUGGGUCUCCCUCGCCCCUGUUGAGGAGUGGGUCUCCCUCGCCCCUGUUGAGGAGUGGGUCUCCCUCGCCCCUGUUGAGGAGUGGGUCUCCCUCGCCCCUGUUGAGGAGUGGGUCUCCCUCGCCCCUGUUGAGGAGUGGGUCUCCCUCGCCCCUGUUGAGGAGUGGGUCUCCCUCGCCCCUGUUGAGGAGUGGGUCUCCCUCGCCCCUGUUGAGGAGUGGGUCUCCCUCGCCCCUGUUGAGGAGUGGGUCUCCCUCGCCCCUGUUGAGGAGUGGGUCUCCCUCGCCCCUGUUGAGGAGUGGGUCUCCCUCGCCCCUGUUGAGGAGUGGGUCUCCCUCGCCCCUGUUGAGGAGUGGGUCUCCCUCGCCCCUGUUGAGGAGUGGGUCUCCCUCGCCCCUGUUGAGGAGUGGGUCUCCCUCGCCCCUGUUGAGGAGUGGGUCUCCCUCGCCCCUGUUGAGGAGUGGGUCUCCCUCGCCCCUGUUGAGGAGUGGGUCUCCCUCGCCCCUGUUGAGGAGUGGGUCUCCCUCGCCCCUGUUGAGGAGUGGGUCUCCCUCGCCCCUGUUGAGGAGUGGGUCUCCCUCGCCCCUGUUGAGGAGUGGGUCUCCCUCGCCCCUGUUGAGGAGUGGGUCUCCCUCGCCCCUGUUGAGGAGUGGGUCUCCCUCGCCCCUGUUGAGGAGUGGGUCUCCCUCGCCCCUGUUGAGGAGUGGGUCUCCCUCGCCCCUGUUGAGGAGUGGGUCUCCCUCGCCCCUGUUGAGGAGUGGGUCUCCCUCGCCCCUGUUGAGGAGUGGGUCUCCCUCGCCCCUGUUGAGGAGUGGGUCUCCCUCGCCCCUGUUGAGGAGUGGGUCUCCCUCGCCCCUGUUGAGGAGUGGGUCUCCCUCGCCCCCUGUCCUUGCUUUCCUUUCCCCGCAUGCCCACGUGCUCGCUCUCUAUCCACAGGCGGCAUUUCCAUCCCCAUGCCACAUCUCUCCACUUGUCGCUUUCAACCUCGCCCACGCCAGGGUCGCCGUUCCUCUCCUCGCCUCGCCAACUCCUUAGUCGCGUGUAUGAAGAAGUGUUUUGAGACGUCUCAAAACACUUGUCGCUUUCAACCUUGCCCAUGCCAGGGUCGGCUGGGCACCAUUCCUCUCCUCACCAAGUGGGUCUCCCUCGCCCCUGUUGAGGAGUGGGCCUCCCUCGCCCCUGUUGAGGAGUGGGUCUCCCUCGCCCCUGUUGAGGAGUGGGUCUCCCUCGCCCCUGUUGAGGAGUGGAUCUCCCUCGCCCCUGUUGAGGAGUGGGCCUCCCUCGCCCCUGUUGAGGAGUGGGUCUCCCUCGCCCCUGUUGAGGAGUGGGUCUCCCUUGCCCCUGUUGAGGAGUGGAUCUCCCUUGCCCCUGUUGAGGAGUGGGUCUCCCUCGCUCCUGUUGAGGAGUGGGCCUCCCUCGCCCCUGUUGAGGAGUGGGUCUCCCUCGCCCCUCUCGCCUUCCUCUCUUUCCCCUCCCCUCCCCACGUCCUUGCUCUUCCCACACGCUUCUCAUCGACCUUUUCACCCUCCAAACACCCGGGGCACCAUUUUUUUCUCCUCACCAAGUGGUUCUUCCUUGCCCUUCGCACUCCCAAGGGCCAAUUGUUUCCUCUCCUUUCCCUUUCCUCGCCAAAUGUUCACCCUAUCCCACGCCAGAGGCACCAUCCCUCUCCUCACCAAGUGCUUCUCCCUCGCCCUUCGCACUCCCAACCCCAAGGGCUGCUUUCUCCGACGACGCCAGAUGCACCAACCGUCUUCUUUGAUAUCACAUAUCCCACGCCCCCUUUCAAUUCACCCACACCCGCACCGGAGGCGCCAUCCCUCUCCUCGUCAAGUGGUUCUCCCUUGCUCCUCGCACCUUCAAGGCUCAUUCGUCUUCCUCUCCUUCCAUCCCCUCGUGCCCUUCUGCUUGCUCUCCCCUCCCCACACGCCUUCCCUUCACCCUCCCUCCUCCCCCACGCCAGAGGCACCAUCCCUCUCCUCACCAAGUGGGUCUCCCUCGCCCCUCUUGCCGCAACCCCAAGGUUCACUCGUCUUCCUCUCCUUCCCAACCCUUCCUCUUCUCCCCUCCCCCACACCAGAGGCACCAUCCCUCUCCUCACCAAGUGGGUCUCUCUCGCCCCGCGCACCCCCAAGGACCAUCUCACCCUGGGCUGUUGUCGGCAGGCCCUGGGGCACAUGGCACACGCGGUUAGUGCAGCACUGCGCACGGGUUCAGUGGUGGAGCUUGUGUGGGGCUUAUUUAUUGGCUUUCAGGGUUCAGGGUUUAGGGUCCCAGGCCCCCCCGCGCACCCCCAAGGACCACCUCACCCUGGGCUGCUGUCGGCAGGCCCUGGGGCACAUGCGGUAUCUGCCUUCACUCGCAUCAUUGAUGCCCCAUCCGACCCUGAAGAUGCUCCCUUCCUCUUCCACGCCUUCUACCAGCGUGAGAUCGCCACAUUAACGGCAAAGCAUCUCGAGAGCUCCUUCAGCGACUACUCCAUUGAAGGCGCCUUCAGCACCAAGUUCCUGAACCACUACGCGUUCAAGAAGGACCCAAGUAGCAUCUUCCCUGGCUGUGCCUUGCUGCCCCCUGCUGCCCUCAAUUGUUCACUUUUUGUCUUCAUACCCUUCCUGUCCUAUCCCCUCAAACUUCAGAACCACUGGGCGUACAAGAAGGAUCCGACAAACCUCUUUCCCGGCUAUGCCAUGCUGCCCCCUGCUGCUUCUCUUGCUCCCCUGCCUUUCCGCUUACCCGUCCUGUCUCCUCCUGCCCCUACAUGUCCCCUGCCGCCCAUCUCACCCAACCCUCUUUUAGAACCAAACCACUGGGCAUACAAGAAGGAUCCGACAGAGGGCAACACAGAAAUUGAUGCAAUUAGCACGAGUCGUCCACUCCUAUGGAGCUCUCCUCACUCCGUCCGUAUCACCGCUCUUCACUCCCGUGUGUUCCUCACUCCUUAUCACCGCUCUUCACCCCCGUGUGUUCCUCACUCCUUAUCACCGCUCUUCAACCCCGUCAUUGUUUCACCCAACCGCAGCACUGACAGGGCAGCGGGCAUGGAAGCGCUGGCAGUCAUGCAAUCAGCACGCGUCCAUUCACUCCUAUGCAAAUCCUUUUACUCCUCGUCACCGCUCUUCACCUACCGUCAUCCCCCGUUCACCCUGUUGUUUCCCAAAUGGCAGCACAGGGCAGCGGGCAUGGCAGCCCUAGAAGUCAUGCAAUCAGCACGUGCCACGUGGCGGUGGUGGGCCAAGAGAAAGCACAAGCAUGGACUGACGGAGGGGAGGAGAGCUGCAGAUCCAAGGAAAAAUGAAGAGGAGGAGGAAGAUGAGGAGGAGGAUGAGGAGGAGGAGGAGGAUGAUGAGGAGGAGGAGGAGGAGGGGGUGGGGAUGGUUGUGGAUGGGUGGAGAGGGGUGUUUGACAUUGGUGCGAGGUGGAGGCAGCUGGUGGACCCAUGCGAGCCUGUCUUGUGGAUGGAGAGGGUCAGGAGUGUUGACUCCUCUCUGGUGGGCAACUCCGUGACUCCAAUUUCUGUGUUCCGCCAACUCACCACCAAAUACGUCCUCUCCUUCCCUCACUUCCCCCUCUCCGUUCCUGACUCCUCACCACUCAUCGCCACUCCCUGCAAGCUCCCCUCCGCCCCUCAAUGCCCCCCAUUUUCGAGCGCUGACCCCUCUCUGGUGGGGAACUCUGUGACUCCAAUUUCUGUGUUCCGCCAACUCACCACCAAAUAUGCAGACUACUAUAACAGAACCCUCUCUGUGAUCAAGAGCACGAUGCAGCAGCACCACCAUGUGCUCUCCAACAUUCACCUUAUGCCCGUUCUCUCUCUCCCACCACCAUCAGAACCCUCUCAAACCCUCUCAGUGCUCAAGAGCAUGAUGCAGCAGCAUGUGGAGACCCUCUCAGUGCUCAAGACCUACAUGCAGCAGCAGCAUCAUGUGUUCUCCAAUGUGGAUGACCUGCGCAUUCCCCUCUCAAAGCGGGAAGUCGCCAGGGUAGAGGCAGCAGCAACGGAGUACCAUCUGUUUGACAUUGUCGGGCAAAGCUUCUUUGUUGUCACUCCAUGCCACUCUGCGGCGUUUCCUGGCUUGCUGCUCAACGGCACAGAGGUCCUCAUCCGAAUCGCCUUUGAGACGUCGUAG